GUUUACAGUUCAGUUUACUGAGGAACUGCUACUGGUUUCGAGAAGCAAUUUUUUUUUAAUCAAAAACACACACUUCCUCCCGUCAAAACAGGCUGGGAUCUUGGAUGGAUAAGUGUUGAGCCCCAAUGAGAUGACUGACCAGGGCAACAACAACCAGAACAUCUCCUGCAACCCCUUUGCUGCCCUCUUCAGCUCACUGGCUGAUGCCAGGCAGUUCGCAUCAGGCCAGAGACCAGAACAGUCUGCUGAACCACCAGUGGAGGACUCAGGAGAGAGCCAGUCAGAGUCAGAAAACUCUGUGUCAGACAGUGUUGAUGAUAAUGACGACUCCGUGGCAGAGAUCAGCCGCUCCUUCCGGUCCCGGCAGGAGCUGUGCGAACAGCUCAAUGUCAAUCACAUGAUCCAGCGAAUAUUUCUCAUCACUCUGGACAACAGUGACCCCAGUCUGAGAGGAGGUAAUGGGAUCCCUCCUCGCUGUGUUUACCUGGAGGAGAUGGCUGCAGAUCUGGAUGGACAGGACUGGCUGGACAUGGAUAACAUAGAGCAGGCUCUGUUUAACCGUCUGCUGGUACUAGAGCCAGGAAACCACCUCAUCUACAUGACAUCAUGCAGCGCUGUUAAUCUCUCCGCUGACCGGGAUGCUGGAGAGAAGUGUGCUAUCCCAUAUCUUUUCGCUUCUUACCAGAGGGCUAAAAAAGAGGUGAAGAAGGUACCAGAGAAGUUACUGCCGUUUGCUGUUCGCUGUAAGAACCUGACAGUUUCCAACACGCGGACGGUUCUGCUCACCCCAGAGAUCUACACCAGCCAGAAUAUCUACGAACAGCUUCUUGACCUGCUGCUGGAAGGUUUCAGUGGAGCACAGCCAGAGGAGGUGGUCGAGUUUGUGGAGGAGGUCAUCGCUGGCCUGCUCUCUGACCAGGAGGUGCGUACCUUCGAGGAGGUGAUAGUACCAGUGUUUGAUAUCUUCCAGGGACGCAUCAAAGACUUGGACCUGUGCCAGCCUCUCCUCUACUCCUACCUGGAUGUUCUGCUCUACUUCAGCCACAAUAAAGAUAUUGCUAAGGUACUGGUGGAACACAUUCAACCCAAAGACCCAGCCAAUGGUUUGCAGUACCAAAAAACCUUACUGGGAGCGGUGCUAAGUAUCUCCUGCUUGUUAAAAACUCCGGGUGUGGUGGAGGGACAUGGUUACUUCCUGAACCCGUCUCGCUCCAGCGCCCAGGAGACCAAAGUUCAGGAGGCCAACAUCCACCAGUGUAUGGGUCACUUUCACGAGAAGCUUUACCAGAUCUUGAAAAACUUGCUCCAGCGAUCUGGCGAGAUGCGCCACUUGCUGCUCUCGUGGUUGGGCAGCUGUCUGCAGGCUAACGCUGGCCGGGCCAAGAUCUGGGCCAAUCAGAUGCCAGAGAUCUUCUUCCAGAUGUAUGCUUCGGAUGCGUUUUUCUUAAACUUGGGUGCGGCGCUGCUAAAGCUGUGCCAGCCCUUCUGCAGGCCACGGUCGCCCAAACUACUCACGUUCAACCCCACCUACUGCGCCCUCAAAGAGCUGAGUGAAGAGGAGAGGCGCAAUCGCAAUGUGCAUGCAACAGGUCUCGACAAGGAAACCUGUCUGAUCCCAGUGCCCCCUCAGCAGCCGGUGGAGUCUGCGCAGUCCUACAGCCUGCUGACUGAAAAUCUCAUCCUCACACAACUCACCCUUCAUCUCGGCUUCCACAGACUCCAUGAGCAGAUGGUGAAGAUGAACCAGUCUCUCCACCGGCUCCAGGUGACGUGUCAGGAGGCCCAGCGAACAGGCAACCCCAUGACGGAGCAGCUCCUGGAGCAGUUCGAGCGUCUGAUGAUUGUUUACCUGUCAACCAAAGCUGCCACCACGCAGCCUGCCAUGCUGCAAUGCUGCCUUAACCUCCAAGCUUCCACUGCUGCUCUGCUGGUUCAGCUUAGUAUGGGGAACCAGGGGCCUGAGCAUGUAGCACUCAGUUUUCCCCUGCCCUCCCUACAGAACACUAUGCUCUGCUACGUACCAGAGUUUUUUGCAGAGAACUUGGGAGAUUUUUUCAUCUUCCUGCGUCGAUUUGCCGACGAUGUUUUGGAGACGUCUGCAGAAAGCCUGGAGCAGAUUCUUAACUUCAUCACUGUCUUCAUGGGUAACGUAGAGAGGAUGAAGAACCCUCAUUUAAGGGCAAAGCUUGCCGAGGUCUUAGAGGCGGUGAUGCCCCACAUGGAGCCGGUGGCUCCUGGUGCUGCUCAGCCAAUCGUGUACCAGCGAGAAAGAGUCUUCUGCUCCUAUAGACACGCAGCUCAGCUGGCAGAGGCCCUCAUCACUGUGUUUGUGGACAUUGAAUUCACAGGUGAUCCUCAUCAGUUUGAACAGAAAUUCAACUACAGAAGACCUAUGUAUCCCAUCCUCAAGUACAUUUGGGGCAAAGAUAACUACAGAGAAAGUAUCAAGCAUUUGGCGCACUAUGCAUCUGAGAACCUGGAGGCCAUGAACCCCCCUCUGUUCCUCAGGUUCCUCAACUUACUGAUGAACGAUGCCAUCUUCCUACUGGAUGAGGCUAUUCAGUACCUGAGUAAAAUCAAGGUCCUGCAGCUGGAGCGGGAUCGAGGGGAGUGGGAAGGCCUGGCCCCCGAUGCCAGAAGAGAGAAAGAGUCAAGCCUGCAGAUGUUUGGACAGCUGGGGCGCUUCCACAACAUCAUGUCAAAUGAGACCAUCGGCACACUGGCCUUCCUCACCUCAGAGAUCAAGGGGAUCUUUGUGCACCCCUUCUUGGCUGAGAGGAUCAUCUCCAUGCUGAAUUACUUUCUGCAACACCUGGUGGGUCCUAAGAUGGGUGCCCUUAAAGUCAAGGACUUCAGUGAGUUUGACUUCAAGCCCCAGCAGCUUGUCUCUGACAUCUGCACCAUCUACCUGAAUCUGGGUGAUGAGGAGAAUUUCUGUGCUACAGUCCCAAAAGAUGGACGAUCGUACUCUCCUACACUCUUCUCCCAAACAGUUAGGGUACUAAAGAAGAUAAACAAGCCUGGGGACAUGAUUGUGGCUUUUGGACUCCUUGCUGAUAAAAUAAAGUCCCAUGCAGACAGACAGCAGCAGGAAGAGGAGACAUAUGCAGAUGCGCCUGAUGAAUUCUUGGAUCCCAUCAUGUCCACCCUGAUGCUCGAUCCUGUUCUUCUCCCUUCAUCCAAUGUGACAGUUGACCGCUCCACUAUAGCAAGGCAUCUCCUCAGUGACCAGACAGACCCUUUCAACCGCAGUCCUCUAACCAUGGACCAGAUCAGGCCAAACGAGGAACUCAAACAGCAGAUCUCACAGUGGCUGGAUAAGCAUAAGCAGGAGAGGCUGCAGCUGGGACCCAGUGGCUAGCCGGGAUCCCUCGCUGUGAUAAACAAUGACUGCAUCCCUGUUUUCCCUCCCAGCUCACAUCUCGCGUGCUCCUCUGCUUCUCGGCUAAUCCAUGGUGUGCUGCCUCUGUGGAUUUCUUCUGACUCCUCCGGUCAGACUAACAUUGCAUCAGCCUUUUCAUGCAGCCUUCACGCUCAGUGGAUUCUUUCUGUGACAACAGUCCAGGCGAACUGUAGCCCACCGGCUGGUGACAACUUCAAAAUCCAUACCGAUCCACACAGUAGCUGUUCAACUCCCAUGACGCCCUGAGUAGGGUGAUGCAACUGCUGGUUCCUCUCUCCCUGAAUACUGUGUAUUAAUUAGUUAUUAUCACAAUCAGAACUGUGGCCAGAAAUAACAGUUUCAACAGGACUUGUUGAAUGUACUGUACGAACUUCUGGCUGACCAGCUGGCCCUAACCAGAUUUUAUACUGCAAGGUAAGUAUUUUUGGGAAGUCUUAAGGCAGAACAUGAGUGGAAGUGUUUCUGAUUUUACCAUAAUUUCACCUUCACAAAGAAUACAGUAUGCACUGCCUUUUAAAGUUCUUGAACACCCAACAUUUCCGCACUUUUGGUUAAAUCUCAAGCAGCAUUGUAAAUAACGUUAGCAAUUAAAGGCAAUGCACAGGUAAAACCAAAUUUAAUUGUGUGUGUGACUUUUAUUUUAGUAGAAAUAACCUAGAUUUACUUGGAGAUGUUCAAAGUCUUGUUCACUGUAAUAGGACACCUGAAGCACAAAACUAUACUGUGUACACUUUUUUCUGUAUUUAAACAUAUAUAGAAAAGUGUCUUCACAUCUUCAAGGGCACUUGCCUUUAAUCAAGCACUAAUUAAAGACCUCGUUAGAUAUGAGAGCUUGCUAACUAAUAGGUUGCUGGGUGUGCGGAUUUGGGUUUCAGUUACUAUACAAUAAGUAUACUUUUUAACCAUAUUUUAGGAUCAAGUACAUGCAAAAAAAAUAAUAUGAAGUUUACCAAAAAAUACCAGACUGCAUAUGCUUGAUUGUUGAGCGUGACAUUGAUGAGCAUCUUGAGGAGUUCGUCCUCGGGAAAACAUUUUUGCUCGCAGUUCAUCUCACUAGCAAGUGAAAAUUUAUUUGAUUUUAGAAAGCCCCUGACAGUGUUACAGAAGUCAUAAUGCAACCGUUUGCAACGACCGACUCCAAUGUAAAAUCUUUGAAAUGUCCAUUUAAGACACUCAGCAGUGAUCGGGGACACAAAAUAACAUCUCAAAUUCCACUUGUUCAAACUGGACAAACAGGAUAGCUGUUCCUGAAAUGUUAUAUUUCUCCAAAACUUUCCACCAAAGUCAAACUGACUGAAAGGAAAUGUGAGAAAUGAGCUAUGGAGUCAUAGAAAUAUGCUUCUUAAUAUUUCUGCCAUGUUUAAUUUUAAUAAAAAUGUAGAGAGACUGCAAGACAUUUGCUUAUUUAUGCAGAGCACCUUUGACUGAACCGAAUGGCCUCUCAGGUUGACGCUUCUAAACUCAAAUAUCAUGGCAAAACAUGAGAUUACAAAAUGUGUUCUGGCUAUCAUAUUACCUCUGCCAAGGAGGCCAUGUUUGUAGUGCCAUUUGUCUGUUUGUCAGCAGGAUUACGGACAAACUACUGGUGAUUUUUUUAAACUUGUUGGAAAAGUGUACCCAUUAAACCCAUUAAAUUUAGGAGUGGAUCCGAAUCACGGGGUGGAUACACUUAUUAUUUUCACUUUCUUAAACAUUGCGAAAUCGGGCAUUUCGCUCUCUGUGUGCCCUUCUAGUUUCCAAGAAGAUUAAAUAUUCCAAAAUUUUCUCAUGUACUGUAUAAUUUUAAGGUCUUAACAAUUAAUGCAUUUCUUGUGAUCAAACCAAAAAACAAAAAAAACAGCCAGACUACAGGGUGUUCAAUAAUUUUUGACUGACAGUGUAUAAUAAUCGUCAUCUUUUGAAUUAACGUUCACCAGAUUAACAGAUGUAUCCUGAUAUAGCAUUUUUGAACAGAUGUUUUUUUUUGUUGUGUGCAAGCGUAGUGUAUUAACAUGUGGGCAAAUAAAUGAUCAAUAGAAGUGGUGCCUAAAACCAACAGCCUUGCAGUAAAUGUCAGCGAAUGAGGAUCUGACUUGUUUCAUACUCUUUAAAAGACAUAAUUAUGAGUUUGCUUCUUUAGGGCAUACACGAAGCUGUGGGGUAAAAAUAUAAAAGAAUGAAGAUCAGAAAGAGGUGACCUGUUUGUGAGUUGCUUUUUGAAUGAAAAGGUUUUCAUUCAAAAUGAAGUAUUGUAUUAAAUGGCAACAUGUGAGAGAAAGGUGUAUUUGUUGGCAUGCCCUCAUACUGUAUGUUGAAUAUCUACCACCCGAAUGAUUACAUGGGUUAAAUUAUAAUGCAAUAUUUUUUUCUUUUAAUUGUGAUUUUAAAAUGUUUAUUUUGGAUGUACAGUAUGAUUUAAAAAAUAAAACUAAUGUGCAUUAAUAA